UCGAUAACAGUUUGGUACUUGAUAUCAACAAAUUUCUAUCGCACUUCGUCAUACAUCUGAGCUCAUUUUCGCAUUUGUAUAUAUUUUUCGGAAAUAUAAAAGAACAAAGAAAUACAAACAGAUAUCGCAAUGCAGGACCAAAGCCCCGAGCUGUAUGAGGAGGUGAAACUAUUUCGCAAUGCACGCGAACGUGAGAAAUACGACAACAUGGCCGAUUUGUAUGCGAUCAUAAACACAAUACAGCAGCUGGAGAAGGCGUACAUUCGGGACUGCAUCACACCACAGGAAUAUACAGCGGCCUGCUCCAAGCAUCUGGUGCAAUACAAGAUUGCAUUCAAGCAGGUGCAAUGCGAUGAGUUUCCCACGGUUGACACAUUCGUCAAGAAAUUUCGCCUCGACUGUCCAGCAGCAUUGGAACGCAUCCGCGAGGAUCGACCGAUUACGAUACGCGAUGACAAGGGAAACACCUCGAAGUGCAUUGCUGAGAUUGUCUCAUUGUUCAUUACCAUUAUGGAUAAGUUACGACUGCAGAUUAACACAAUGGAUGCACUGCAGCCAGAUGUUAAGGACUUGGAUGAUAAUAUGAAUCGCUUGUCGCUGAUACCAGAGGAUUUCGAUGCCAAGCAAAAGGUGGAAAAAUGGCUGGGUACACUAAACGAAAUGCAGGCAUCGGAUGAACUGACCGAGGCACAGGUCCGUCAGUUCCUCUUCGAUCUGGAGUCGGCCUAUGCCGAUUUCAAUAAGCUACUCCAUAGCCAGUAGUUGUUGUUAUAAUACAAAUCCAUAUAUAGUCUGUAAAUGUCGGAAUAAAAAUAAAGAUCAAAUCAAUGAAAACAAUCGAAA